AAACCGCCCAUUGAUUAUCUUGCUAUUUUGCAUUUGUUUUGCAUUUACUUUCAUUUUAUUCUCUACGCGACGAUAAACAAUCAAUCGCUCCCAACACAAAACUUUGUCUCAGCUACACUCAUCUUCUUCGACCUCAAGCACCAUCUCUCAAUUGCCACCUAUAUCUCAAAGGAAAUCACUCAUCUGUCUGCUCUCAAAUGGGUCGGUUAGUGGGCUUGGAACUCCAUAAUUUCAAAUCCUACAGAGGCACGUCCUCAAUUGGUUUUGGCACUGCUGAUUUUAUUAGUAUAAUUGGGCCAAAUGGUUCUGGCAAAUCUAACAUGAUGGAUGCAAUAUCCUUCGUCUUAGGUGUAAGAUCCUCCCACUUGAGAUCUGCUCAUUUAAAGGAUUUGAUCUAUCGUGGCAGAAUCAUGAGCCAAAAAAAAUCUAAAAACAAGGACAAUUUUCAAAUUGAUAGUGAAUCAGAUAUCGAGUCCGAUAUCGACUCAAUUUCAAAUUCAAAUUAUGACUAUUCUCCCAAUAGUGCCUAUGUCAUGGCAAUUUACGAAAAAAAUGAUGGCACUCUAAUAAAUUUAAAGAGAACAAUCAUCUCUAAUGGCUCAUCAGAAUAUAAAAUCAAUGACAAAGUUGUCACCGCAAACGACUAUACAAAUCUAUUAAAAAGUGAAAACAUAUUAAUCAAAGCAAGAAAUUUCCUAGUCUUUCAAGGUGAUGUUGAAGCAAUAGCCUCUCAAUCCUCUCAAGACUUGACCAAACUAAUUGAAACAAUUUCUGGCUCAUUUGACUUGAAAAAACAAUACGAAUCCUUUAAAGACCAACAAGAAAAGGCCCAUGAUGAUACCCACUCAUUCUUUGAAAGAAAAAGAAUUCUUAAUAGAGAACUUAAACAAUAUAAAGAGCAAAAAGAAGAAGCUUUAAAUUUCCAAGCAAAAUUAAAUGAAAAAAAAAAUUUGAUCAAACUAUUCAAUCUUUGGAAAUUAUUCAACAAUCAACAAAAGAAAUCCCUUUUAUCACAAAACUUUAAAGAAAAGAAAAAAAGCUUGAGAAUUUCAAAAGACACUUUAUUAAAAGAAGAAUCCCUUUUGAAAUCUCUAUCAUCUGAAUACUCAAAGGAUUCUCUUAAUCUUGAAAAAUUUAAAAGAGAAAUCUCAAAGAGAAAUUUUGACUUGAAUAAUAAAAAUAAAGAACUACUACCAACCUCCGCUCAAAAGGACUUGAUUCAACAAAAAUUACACCAAUAUAACAGAAAAAUUAAAGAACUAAAUAACGAUAUUAAAAUUCAAAACAACAACGUUAAAACAAUCAAAAAUCAACUCAAUAUAGUUCAAUCCGCUUUAGCUGAUCUAGAAAAAGAUAGCUCAAACACUUCUUUUUCUCUAUCUGCUAAGGGCCAAAAGGAAUACGAAUCAUUAAGGCCUUCUUAUCUUUCAAAUGGUGGUGCUGAUUUAGAACAAAUAUUGUCCCAAUUUAACCAAGAAAAACUGGUUCUCCAAAAUCAAUUGGAAAACUUGUUAAAACAAAAAGAAAUUGUAGAAAAUAGAAUCAACUCUUUAAAGAUAAAUAGCCAGAAUCUUAAAUCCACUUUAUCUGACAAUGAAUCAAAAAUAACCGAAACAAAUAAAUCUUUAAAUACUAAAAAAGAUCAACUCAAUACUUUUAGAAUUGAGAAAGAAAAAUAUUUAGCAAAAGAAUAUGAAAUAAAUUCAAAAUUAAAACAAGUCUUAACUAAAUUAGACGAAUUAAAUGCAACCCAAAGAGAAUCAAAUAGAGAAAGAAAAUUACGCGAAAAUGUCUCAAAUUUAAAAAGAUUGUUUCCAGGCGUAAAAGGUUUAAUUUCUGAUUUAUGUCGUCCCAAACAAAGAAAAUAUGCAACUGCUGUUUCCACUGCACUUGGUAAAAAUUUCGAUUCCAUAGUCGUUGAUAAUCUAUCAAUUGCCUCAAAAUGUAUCACAUAUCUUAAAGAACAAAGAUCAGGCGUUGCCUCUUUUAUUCCUCUAGAUUUCGUUGAUUCAAAACCUCCUAAUCCUAAUUUCCGUCAUGCUCAUCCUAAUGCUAGACUAAUUUUGGAUGUUAUUGAAUAUGAUCCUGUCUUAGAAAGAGCAAUCCAAUAUGUUUGUGGUGAUUCCAUUGUUUGUGAUAACAUGAAAAUUGCCAAAUUUGUUCGAUGGGAAAGGCGUAUAGCUGUUAAAGUAGUGACUUUAGAUGGCUCACUAAUUCAUAAAUCUGGAUUAAUGACUGGUGGUGUUUCUAUUAAUGAUCAAAAGAAAAAACGUUGGGAUAAACAGGUGUACAAUCAAUUAGAAUACAGAAGAGACGAAUUAUUAAAUGAAUUAAAUGUUCUUAGUAGCAGAAAACCCAAUGAAAUGACAGAAAAAAGAAUAAUGGAUGAAAUUGUUAAAUUGGAAAAUACUUUGCCACUAUUAUCAACUUCCAAAAACGAAAUUAAAAGAAAUAUUCAAGAUUGUGAAAUGGAAUUAAAUUACCAAUCAAACGAUAUUUUAAAGUUCAAAAUAAAUGAGGAAAUUAAAAAAAUUAAAGAUACUAAGAUACUUGAAAUCGAUCAAAAUAUGAUAGAUUAUAAUAACCAAAUCAAAACGUUACAAGAUCGUAUUUAUUCUGAAUUUUGUAAAAAAUAUAAUUUUGACAGUAUUGAGGAGUACGAAAAGACACAUGGAUCUAUAAUUAGAGCUCAUGCAAAAGAAAGAGCAAAAAUAACUAAAAACAUUAGCAUUUUAGAGAGUAAAUUGAAAUUUGAAAAUGAAAGAUUAGAAGAGACAACCAAUAGACAGUCUAAAAUUAUUCGAGAAAGAGGUCAAUAUGAAUACAGCUUAGAACAAUUGAAUAAAGAUAAAGAAGUGAUUGAAGAACAGAUCAAAUCUUUAAAGCGUGAUGUUGAAACAUUGACUGAGAAAUUAGAGAAUCUUGAAAAAGAUUUAAAACAAAAAAUGUUAUUUGCAAAAUCAACUGAAGACAAUGUUGCAGAAGCACGAUUAAAGUAUGAAGUGUUAAAGAAAAAAUGCUAUAAUAUCGAGGAAGAUAUAGAAAAGGAAAUAAUGAACCGUAUUAAUAUUCUUAGAUCUUGCAAAAUCGAAAAUAUUGAAGUGCCUUUAAAAAGAGGAUCAUUGGAUUUGUUGCCAAUUGGAGGUGGCGAUGAAGAAGGAAGCGAAGAAGCUUCUAAUGUUAUUCAAAUUUCGGAUUCAAUCGAAAUUGAUUUUUCGGAAUUGAGUGAUGAGUUGAAAGAGAACCUAGAUGAAGAUUUUGAAAGUUCUUUCAAUGAACAAAUAGCCGAAAUUACGUCGGCUCUAGAAAAUUUAUCACCCAACACUAAGGCUCUUCAAAGAUUAACUGAAGUUGAAGAAAGACUUAAAGACGUUGAUAAAGAGCAUCUUAAAACAAGAAAAACUGAAUCUAGAAUUGCCAAUCAAUUUAAUGAGAUAAAAGAAAAAAGAUACGAACUUUUUAUGAAAGCAUUUAAUCACAUUGCUUCCAAAAUUGAUGAAAUAUAUAAAGAUCUUACAAAAUCUAAAGCAUCUCCAUCCGGUGGAUCUGCUUAUCUUACGCUAGAAGAUGAAGAUGAGCCCUAUAACUAUGGAAUAAAAUACCAUGCAAUGCCCCCAAUGAAAAGAUUCAGAGACAUGGAAUUUUUGUCUGGAGGUGAAAAAACUAUUGCUGCUCUUGCCCUUUUAUUUGCUAUUCAUUCAUACCAACCAUCUCCAUUUUUUGUGCUAGAUGAAGUUGAUGCUGCUCUUGAUAAUGCUAAUGUUAUAAAAAUUGCCAAUUAUAUAAAUAAAAACGCAGGUCCCAAUUUCCAAUUUAUUGUCAUCUCAUUAAAGAAUGGUUUGUUUGAAAGAAGUGAUGCAUUGGUUGGUAUUUACAGAGAACAAGGUGAAAAUAGUUCAAAGACCCUAACACUUGAUUUGAGAAACUAUCCAAACCAUGAAGUUACUGCUAGUGGAUAGUAUUGUGAGAUGAGUUUGCUUUAUUUUUUUUUUCUUUGAGAUUUCUAUGUCGUUGUUUAAGUGUUUCCAUUGUAAUAUAUUCGAGAUAUCCAAGGUUUUGCGUUACUAAAUAUAUUAUAUUUAUUAAUUUGUAAAGUGUGAUAAACAG